AACGUCGUAAAACGCCGGGCCGUGCUGCUUUCCGGCGGCGCCGGGCGAGAAGCGCGAGUGGAGUCUGAGACGGGCGCGUCGGCUGACGGGAUCCCGAGUGGAGGGUCGCAGCCCGGAGCGGGCCUGAGCCUGUGGGGGCCUCGGCCGGCCGCAGGACCGCGCCAGGCACCCGCCGCCUCGUCCCGCUUCUCCGCUGAAGCGCCGCGUGGCUCGGCAGCGGACCCAGGCCUCAGCCGGCCCCCAGGGCCUCGGGGGCCCUCCCGGGCUCAGCAUGCCCGGAGUGAAGCUGACCACCCAGGCCUACUGCAAAAUGGUGCUGCAUGGCGCCAAGUACCCUCACUGCGCCGUUAACGGACUGCUGGUGGCCGAGAAGCAGAAGCCUCGCAAGGAGCACCUGCCCCUGGGCGGUCCCGGCGCCCACCACACCCUCUUCGUGGACUGUAUUCCCCUCUUCCACGGCACCCUGGCCCUCGCCCCCAUGCUGGAGGUGGCCCUCACCCUGAUUGAUUCGUGGUGCAAAGAUAAUAGCUAUGUGAUUGCUGGUUAUUAUCAAGCUAAUGAACGAGUAAAGGAUGCCAGUCCAAACCAGGUUGCAGAAAAGGUGGCCUCCAGAAUUGCCGAGGGCUUCAGCGAUACCGCUCUCAUCAUGGUAGACAACACGAAGUUUACGAUGGACUGCGUGGUACCCACGAUCCAUGUGUACGAACACCACGAAAACAAGUGGCGGUGCAGAGACCCACACUAUGAUUACUGUGAAGACUGGCCCGAGGCCCAGAGGAUCUCAGCAUCACUCCUGGACAGCCGGUCCUAUGAAACGCUCGUGGAUUUCGAUAACCACCUGGAUGACAUUCGGAAUGACUGGACAAAUCCAGAGAUCAAUAAAGCUGUUCUGCACCUGUGUUAAGGAGGGAUUUCAGUGACUGAUCUCUGGGCAUUUCCACUACACUGAAGGAGAAAAGCUAUUUUUAAAUGUAAAUAAAAUAUCUCAUAGCCUGUGUGGAAGGCUGACAGUUUUCAGAAGUGGCAUGUGCCUUGAAAGAGGGCAGAAUGUCCCAUCAGUCGUCUUUUUAAUGCAAAGUCUUUAGAAGCCGUACGGACAGUACAAUCUGACCCUCCCUGUGGAGUCCUUCCCAGUUGUAUGUUGCCAUAAUCCAAUCAAAGCUAUUUCUGCUUGUCCAAGAUUGUUCCUAUUAAACAGUUUUAAUUAACCUUUUAUAAUCUGGAGAGGAUACUUUUUAAGGCUUAUGAAUUAUCUUUUUAAAAAAAAAAAAAGCCCAGCCCUUAUACCCAAAGGAGAGAGAGUCUUGGUCCUCUCGAGUUAAUGUCCUCUGGUUCCAGGAUUGGGCCGGCGCACGGCAUGCUGGUGCCCAGCGGGUCCCUGAGAACCCGUGUCUCUGUGUUCAGCCGUCGGGAAGCUACAGCUAUGAACAGCACUACCCCACGUGGUGUCAGGUUCACGUAGCUGCCACCGCGCUCAGCAGUGGGAGUCGUGCCAGUGUUGCCUGAGAAACCUUCAUCAUUGAGAGUAAAAACAAACAUCAUUGGUAA